GCGGUUAAUUAAUAAACAAUCGGUAUCGGCCUUUCUUGUGCUGUUGCCGAUAAGCAGAUGGUUUCAAAUUCAUCAAAAAUCGGCUGAUAAAUAUCGGCGGCCGAUACAUCGGUGCAUCACUAGUUGGGGACUAUUUUUGGGGUACUGCGUAAUAUCAUUGCGCCUCCUGCAGCCAUGUAACGUCAGCUAAGUCCUUGACUAUUACACCAGCAUGAGAGGAAAAUUAGCAUAUUUGUGUGUCCCCUUAAUAAUAUGUUCUUGGUCUGGUUUCGGAUGUGUAUCAUCAGAUUAGUCCAUCAUCAUUGCUGUCACAUAGCAAUAAUGCAACAAACUUUCCUGACCACUGAUAGACAAGCAGAAAUAUCUACUGCAGUAAAAACAAUAUUGUCUCUUAUGUUUCUACUGUAACACAAUUAAAUGAUUUAUUAUGAUCUGUGAUUGACUGAAUACACUGAAGAUUAUAGUUUAUGACAGCUUGAAUCCAGUAAAGGACCAAACCUCAAUAACCUCAACCUGUCAUUACUUUCCCACUGCUUUUGGGCUCAAGUUCAAAAUGUUCAGAAGUCCCGUGGACUGUUUUCAGCUUUCCAUGACUGUACAGUUUAGUGCUGAAGUAGCGGCUUUGGCUUUAUGUAUAAAUUGUUUCAAUGAGGGCUUUGUGUGUUUGUGAAGAGGAGCAUUGUGGGUAAUUGGGUGUAAUAAUGGUGGUUCUCUUAUUAACUGGCUCAUCUGAGGCUUAUGUAAUGUUCUCCAUCUUAGUGCUGGGCGCUCGAGAAAUUAAUUACUGGACGCUUUGUGCUUCGCUUGGGCUGGAAAUAGCUGACCUGGGGCCAGUAAGUGUUUGGUGUUCAUAACAGGUGUGUGCCGGAUAGGACUUAGCAUGGCUGAUUCCAGAGCUCAGACGUCAUGGACACACAGAUACAUGAGUCCUCAAUCCAAACACUGAACAACAGAUUCAUUAUGUAGAAAAAGAAAGAAAGGGAAAAAAACUGAUGUAACUUCUUCCGAUGUUUACAUUUGUACGAUAUCCUGAGCAGAUCUGUAGAUCAUGGACCGCAUGGAGCUGAAGAAAGUGUGCACAGAGGCGGAUGAUGAGAGCAGCAUUGAUGAACGCUACACAGAACCCAUCGAUUCAGAGAAAGCCACUAUCAACAGUCAGUUCCUGGAUGAAGAUGAUGCAGAGAGCCAAAAGUUUCUCACAAAUGGAUUGAUGAAGAAAAAGAAAUAUGAGGAAUACGAUGAAGAAUAUCACCCGGGUCAUACAUCAUUCGGUAUGUCUGUCUUUAACCUCAGCAACGCCAUCAUGGGCAGUGGUAUUCUGGGAUUGUCUUUUGCCAUGGCCAACACGGGCAUCUUACUGUUUGUAAUUCUCCUAUUUGCUGUGGCCAUUCUGUCACUGUACUCAGUUCAUCUGUUAUUGGUGACGGCAAAAGAAGGAGGCUCACUGAUCUAUGAAAAGCUCGGAGAGAGAGCGUUUGGCUGGCCAGGAAAAGUGGCUGCCUUUGGGUCAAUAACUCUACAAAACAUUGGAGCCAUGUCAAGUUAUUUGUUCAUAGUCAAAUACGAGCUGCCUGAAGUCAUACGAGCUUUCCUUGGAUUGGAGGAGAAUACUGGGGAAUGGUACAUGGAUGGUAAUUACGUGGUGGUGUUUGUGUCCAUUGGAAUAAUUCUGCCUUUGUCCCUGCUGAAGAACCUCGGAUAUCUUGGAUACACCAGUGGUUUUUCUCUCUCCUGCAUGGUGUUUUUCCUGGGCGUGCUGAUCUAUAAGAAGACGAUUCUUCCCUGCCCUCUUCCCUUCUUUUACCAACACGAGUCUAACAUGAGCAUUAACGGCUCGGACGCGUUGGGUAUGUUCGCGCUACAGAACGCCUCGGCGCUGGCGUAUAUCUCCGAAGCGGCCGUGAACGGGCCUCACCUGGAUCCUCACACACCUGCCCACGACUCCACGGUCGAGUACACGGCUCACGUCGCAAACGCCGAGGACAUGUGCACGCCCAAAUACUUUGUGUUCAAUUCUCAGACCGCUUACACAAUUCCUAUUCUCGCAUUUGCAUUCGUGUGUCAUCCUGAAGUCCUGCCCAUUUACAGCGAACUGAAAAAUCGUUCUCGAAAGAAGAUGCAGAUGGUGUCAAAUCUUUCCAUUGUGGCUAUGCUGGUUAUGUACCUGCUCUCGGCACUGUUCGGUUAUCUGACAUUUUAUGAUCAUGUGGAGGCAGAGUUAUUACACACCUUCACUAAAGUGUAUAAGUUUGAUACUAUGCUUCUGUUGGUGCGUUUGGCUGUUCUGACCGCAGUGACCCUCACUGUUCCUAUAGUUCUGUUCCCUAUUCGGUCGUCUGUCAACACGCUGUGUUUCGCAGGAAAAGAGUUUAGCUGGAUCAGACACAUACUCAUUGCUGCUGCCAUACUGGUUUUUAACAAUUUACUGGUGAUCUUUGUGCCCACCAUCAGAGACAUCUUUGGAUUUAUCGGCGCAUCUGCAGCAACAAUGCUCAUCUUUAUACUACCAGCUGCAUUUUACCUGCGGCUGGUCAAGAGUUUACCAUUUAGAUCACCACAAAAAAUAUCAGCAUUUAUUUUCCUGGUGGUGGGUGUAAUCUUCAUGAUUGGCAGUUUGUGUCUGAUCACUAUGGACUGGAUCCACAAUCCACCCGGUUCUAAAGGAGAUCACUAAACCCCCUCAACCCCUCACCUAAAGGUGUUGAAAAUGAAACCACCUCAUUGUAAACAUGGACGCUCAGUUCUGAAUGAACUCUGUGCCCCCUCUCUCUCUUUCUUCAGUAUCUCAUUUGUUGUUUUAAAUUCUCCUUUUUGUUUUCUUCCAACUCAAAUCUCGCUGUUCGUGGGUCUCAGAUCAAUGUGAAUGUAAAUUCAUGGAGGAUAAAGACAGCGGGUGCCAGCGUCAUUAACUGCGGAGAACACUGAUAACUGCUUGUUUUAUCCAGACAGAGAGAGAGAGAGAGAGAUAGACAGGAGGUUCAUUGAAUUAAAAGCACUUCUGGAUUUUUUCAAGACAUGCCAACAAACACACAUUUUAUAAUCACCUUUAACUUUUAUUAGGCAACAUUAGUGGUCAUUAAUAAUUAGUUUGUGUUGUAGUUUUUUUUUUUUCAGUUUGAGUUGUUUUUAAUGAAAUAGUUCACCUUAAAAAAAUUUAUCCUGUCAUUUAUUCACCCUCAUGAUCAGUAAAGAUGAUAAAUGUUUUCCUUCAUGCAUUGAAAUAAGUGCUCCCAAAAGGACAAAGACAUUGUAAGCUUUGUCCACAUGCUGUAUAUUAUUCAUCUUCUGAAACCAUUUAGUAACUUUUCAUAAAAAACUAACUGAUACUGAUUUGUAUUUUUUUAUUCACUUCAAUUGAGUGAUUUAAAAAGACAUCAGGGUGAAUGAAUUCUGACUAAAUGUUUUGGUUUGGGUGAACUGUUUAAUAUUACCAUUCAAUUUACAUUUCCUCUUUGCGAGGGGAAAAGGUCCAAUUAUGAAUUUUGGAACCAAAAAGACGUUAAAGCGAUAGUUCACCCAAAAAUGAAAAUUCUGUCAUCAUUUUCUCACUCUUAUGUUGUUACAAACCUUUAUAAAUGUCUUUGUUCUGAUGAACACAAAGGAAGAUAUUUUGAGAAAUGUUUGUAAUCAAAACAUUCGUGGACCCUAUUGACUUCAAUAGAAAGAAUAAGAUUACUUUGGAAGUGAAUGGGGCUCAAGAUUACAAACAUUUCUCAAAAUAUCUUUCUUCGUGUUCAUCAGAACAAAAAUAAACUUAUACAGGUUGUUAACAACAUGAGAGUGAGUAAAUGAUGGAAGAAUUUUCAUUUUUGGAUGAACUACCAAACAGGCUGGAAUUCGAAUCCAUAAAACCAGAACAUCACAGUUAGAUCGGAUGCAUUGUAAUAAGAAAGAUUUUUACAGAUACGUUUUCAUUAACUCAGUGAGUGAAAUGAAUGGUGCAUAAUAUUGUUGUAUCAGUCGGUGUAAGAUUAAUUGACAGUAAUAUUGAGCUUUUAAAAUGAGUAAAGGGAACCUUUUUAAUUGCAUUAUGAGAGUGAAGAAUGGUCUGACUCAUUUUAUAUGAACAAAUCAUCUCAGACGAGCCCUAACCUGACGCCUUAAGAGCCCAGAGAUCAACCUUUUGACAUCAGGUCACAAAACAACGACUUUAUUGAAGAUCUGCCUGUGCUGCAUGUCACCACACUGCCUCUUUAGAAAAGACAAACAUUUACAGAAGUGAGCGUUUACAGACGAUGCCUGUCUGCUGUCCGUGUUGAAACAGAUUUCUGUGUGUUGGUCCAGCCAAAGUGGACGAUAUUUAAAGAUCAUUUGCUGAUCUACUUACUCAAAAAGCAAAUAUUUCAAAUGAAAUGGUAUGAUAUUUUUGCAUGUUUUAAAUCACAAACAUGGUCUUUUUGGACGUUGUAUAUGGUUUGUAAAUAGUCAGCUUUUUUGGUCAUUGAUGGAUGUUGGAAGGGAUAUACUGUAUGUUCACCAGUAGUUUUAGUAUUGUAUUUUAGACGUUGAAGCCAUCAUGCCUUUUUUCUUUUGUAAAUUUGUAGAAAAGCCAUUGUAUUCUUAUUGUUCAUUCAUGCCAGUUUUUAUGAUGAACUGGAAAAUGGAGCUGUGUGGGAUUUUUUGUAUACGUUACUUGAUCAUAAUGAGCAGCUGAAACAGUACUUGAGACCCAGAGUUUUAUGUCUAUAUGAUUCUUCUGAUUGUUUUUACAUCUCUGAAUCAGAGCUACAGAUGAUAUAUCACAUGAUGUUCGGCAAACAUCCAGCAUUUUUUGAAAACCGUCAGCCACAGAUUGUGUUUAUGUCUCAGAGAUGUCGAGCAGUAUUGUCUUCCACUGUUUACCUCUACUAGAAGUAUAUGGGAUUGUCCUGCAUGUUUAACAUGUUAGUGUUCGCAAGCAUGACUUGUAUAUGUAGCUUAAAGUCAACAUGGAUCUUAAUAAUAAAUUAUUAGUGCACACCGAUCAAAAUGAAAGCUGUGUGUCUCUGUAAUCUUUUAUCAAAAUUUAUCAAUUUGCUUCAGGUCUAAAAAAAUAUCAGUUGAAUGUCUCAUCUAGCGUUUUUGUUUUACACAUCAAAUUAUAAAAAUGAAUAUGUGUUGUUUCAUGUUGACUCUAAGCAAGUUUACUUGCCCCUGAACAUAUUACGGUCAAUCUGUACUUUAUUAUGUCUUGCAGGUCUGUGCCUGUUGCUUCCAUCAGGGAAAAUAUGCAGGAAUUAUUUAAAUCUGAAUGUAAAAAUUAUAACAGUUUACAUUUAUUACGGUAAUGUGACAUAACACUGUAUUUUUGCCCGAGGAUGAGCGUAGACAAACAGACGCGACGUGAAGAAUUGAGUUAAAUCUUGUGUGCGCACAAACUGCCUUAUACAAUCUAAACCCAUAAAGUGCACCGUUGGCCAAUCAGCUGCAACCGCUGCAGAUCAGCCAAUCACGGGUAGUCUUUGCAUUGUCUGUGGGCGAUUUUUGUAUCACUGAAGCUGUUUCCAUGUUCUGUAACAUGACAAAUAAAGAAAUGUGAAGCGAUGUC